CCAAUUUAGGUUUCUUGCUUCCCAAGAUUUUUGGUUUCUCGAAAUUUUGCUAAAACUCGACACUUGUGUGAAGUCUUUGAUGGCGACUUCUGAGACUGUGAUGGGUAUGGUCAGGUUGGUUAUUCCUGCUUUUCGUAAUAACCACGACAAGAUCUUUUUCUCUGUUCACGCUUCUUUCAUCAUUUCCGGUUUCGACCUCAUUGCCCUCGACGCUCUGUCUUCUUCGUCUCAGGAUAUGGUUUGGUUUGACGGUUGGAACGAAUUCGAUAAGGAUUACGCGUUUGUGUAUGUGAAUAAGAAGAGAUCGAAGAAAUUUCUGGUUAAGUGUUUGGCGAUGGAUGAUUAUCUUCUUGUUGAUACCCUAGCUGAUGGUGGAGAUGAUGUUCCCCAUCUUGAGAUAAAAGUUAGGAAUUAUACUACUGAGAGCAGCAGUAUUCAUGAACAGUUCAAGAAUUUAGACAAGUUAGUGACUGAUUUAAAGAAUGAGAUUCUGUAUAAGCUUGACAAAGGACUAAAACCUGUUUCUUCCAGCUCUCUGACAGAUGAAGAGCCUAGACAUUACUCAGAUCCAUUACGCCCUUAGAUUCACCCAUCAUGGUAAUACAUUGACUACUUUUAA